AUGUCUGUAGCAACAAAUUUAACAAAUAAUUCCACACAACUUGUUCGUACGAAUUGGCCAGGAAUGAAUUCAACAACAACAUUAUCAUCUUCUCCAACAUCUACUAAUAAUUCAAAUACAUCCGUACCAAUAACAACACCUAUAGUACCAUCAUCAACAACGACAAUAACAGAUCAAAAUAAUAAUACAAACUCUAUGGCAACAUCACCAAGAUCAUCAACUAAUAAUAAUAAUAAUAUUAAUCGAACAUUUGUUCAUCCGACACAAACAAUGGCAUUAGAACGAACAAUUCAAACAUAUCCAUUAACAAAUUAUACAUUUGGUACAAAAGAUGCAUUAUAUGAACGUGAUAGUUCAGUUCAAGCAAGAUUUCAACGUAUGAGAGAAGAAUUUACAACAAUGGGUAUGAGACGUAGUGUUGAAGCUGUUUUGUUAGUACAUGAACAUAAUUUGCCUCAUGUACUACUUCUUCAAUUAGGUACAACAUUUUUUAAAUUACCUGGUGGAGAACUAAAUCCCGGUGAAGAUUCAAUUGAAGGUCUUAAACGCUUAUUAAAUGAAACAUUAGGACGACCAGAUUCUACUCAACAAAAUAAUUGGCUUGUUGAAGAUGUUAUUGGUAAUUGGUGGCGUCCAAAUUUUGAAGCACCACGUUAUCCAUAUGUACCUGCACAUAUAACUAAACCAAAAGAACAUAUUCGAUUAUAUCUUGUUCAACUUGGUGAAUCAUCAAUGUUUGCAGUUCCACGUAAUUAUAAAUUAGUUGCUGCACCUCUAUUUGAAUUAUAUGAUAAUGCUUCUGGUUAUGGUCCAAUCAUAUCAAGUUUACCACAAGCACUUAGUCGAUUCAACUUUAUUUAUAAUUGA